CGCGAUUUCGUCGAUAUAGCAUCUCUGCAGAACGCUUCAACGAACUCACCUACCUCAUUUUUCUAACAACAACAGCACUGACUCCAGCAUGACCCGAGUAGCAAUCGUCACGGGCUCCGCGCAAGGAAUCGGCCGCGCCAUCGCCCUCCGCCUCGCGCACGACGGCUACGACGUCGCAAUCAACGACAUUUCCGCCAACCAACCCCUCGCCGAAGCAGUCGCCCAAGAAAUCCGGGACAUGGGCCAAAAGUCCACCGUCGCCAUCGCCGACGUCUCCCGCCUCUCUGAAGUCACCCACAUGAUCGAGCACGUCGUCCAGGAACUCGGACCCCUUACCACCAUGGUCGCCAAUGCCGGUAUCGCCCAAGUCAAACCUCUACUCGACUUGACCGAAGACGAUUUUGAACGCAUGUUUCGCGUGAAUGUAUUUGGCGUGCAGAAUUGUUAUCAAGCUGCUGCGAAGCAAAUUAUUAAACAGGGCACUGCUACGCCGGAAUCUCCUGCGAAAUUGAUCGGUUGUUCUUCCAUUGUCGGAUUCAAACCUUUUGCCCUCCUCUCGCAUUACAGCGCAUCCAAAUGGGCCGUGCGCGGUCUGACGCAAGCAUAUGCCAUGGAAAUGGCAGAAUACAAUAUCACGGUGAAUGCGUAUGCCCCGGGGAUUGUGGGUACUGCUAUGUGGGAUCUCAUCGACGAAAAACUGGGAGAAAAAACAGGAGCGCAAAAGGGAGACACGAUUAAAAAAUAUACGGGAGAAUUGAUUGCGUUGAAGAGGACGAGUACGCCUGAGGACGUCGCAAAAUUAGUGAGUUUUUUGGGAAGUUCGGAUUCGAAUUAUGUGACGGGACAGACGCAGGUUGUUGAUGGGGGGAUUAUUUUUACUUGA